GAGUAAUGGCAUGAGUACUGCUUUACACUAUUUAGACAAGCUUUUCGGUGCGCACGUUGGAAACUAACAUUCGACUAUUUCUGCGUCCGUCACGCGUCGGGGCCCGAAGGCACAGAGAGGAGAGGUGAAGGGCGCUCGGACAAACUGUGAACUUAAAGUCAAAAGCGACAAAAGUCCACCCCCCCCUACCCAAAAAAAAAAAAAAAACUCGCACGCUGAAGAGGCGUCAAACGAUUCACCCUUUCUGGCUGCUUCAAAGAAGGAUACGCUGCUGGACAUGUGAAUUUAAAAGGAGAUACUUGCUAAAGCACAACAAUGAAACCAACGACUGCCCUGUGUUGCUUCGGCUUUCUCCUGACUUGCCUCGUGUUUGGGUUCAGCUCUUCACAAUCAGUAUGUGCCGGUACAGAGAACAAGCUGAGCACGCUGUCGGACCUGGAGCAGCAGUACCGCACUCUGAGGAAGUACUACGAGAACUGUGAAGUGGUAAUGGGCAACCUGGAGAUCACGAGCAUCGACCGCAGCCGCGACCUCACCUUCCUCAGAUCUAUCCGGGAGGUGACGGGCUACGUGUUGGUGGCUCUGAACCAGUUCGACUACCUGCCUUUGGAGAACCUGAGGAUCAUCCGAGGGACGAAGCUGUACGAGGACCGCUACUCCCUCGCCAUCUUCCUCAACUACAGACGCGACGGAAACUUCGGCCUGCGCCAGUUGGGUCUGAAGAACCUCACAGAGAUCCUGAGCGGAGGCGUGUACGUCGACCAGAACAAGUUCCUGUGCCACGCAGACACCAUCCAUUGGCAGGACAUCGUCAAGAACCCGAAGGUCCAUCCUGUGGUGGUGCCCACCAACAGCAGCGUCACAUGUCAAAAGUGCCAUCGUUCCUGCAAUGGUCGGUGCUGGGGACCCAAAGAGGACCAGUGUCAGAGCUUAACUAAGACGGUGUGUGCCGAGCAGUGCGACGGCCGGUGCUUCGGUCCCUACGUUAGUGACUGCUGCCACCGUGAGUGUGCAGGUGGCUGCUAUGGCCCAAAGGACACAGACUGCUUUGCGUGCACCAACUUCAACGACAGUGGGGCAUGUGUGACCCAGUGCCCCCAGCCAUUUGUGUACAACCCCACCACCUUCCAACUGGAGCACAACCCCAGAGCAAAGUACACCUACGGAGCCUUCUGCGUCAAGAAGUGUCCGCAUAACUUUGUGGUGGACCAUAGCUCCUGUGUGAGAGCGUGUCCUAGUAACAAGAUGGAGGUGGAGGAGAACCGCAUCAAGAUGUGCAUCCCUUGUACCGACAUCUGCCCGAAAGCCUGCGAUGGAAUCGGCACAGCCAGCCUGCAGACAGCUCAGACGGUCGACUCCAGCAACAUUGACAAGUUUGUCAACUGCACCAAAAUCAAUGGCAACCUAGUGUUCCUCAUCACCGGAAUCAAGGGGGACGUCUAUCACAACAUUGAAGCUUUGGAUCCAGAAAAACUCAACGUGUUCCGCACUGUUCGGGAAAUCACAGGCUUCCUUAACAUCCAGUCGUGGCCUGACAACAUGACGGACUUGAGUGUUUUCUCCAACCUGGCAACUAUCGGUGGAAGAGCACUGUACAGUGGGAUCUCGCUGCUGGUGCUGAAGCAGCAGGGCAUCUCGUCGCUGCAGCUCCAGUCUCUGCGAGAGAUCAGCGCCGGAAACGUCCACAUUGCGGAGAACAGCCAGCUCUGCUACUACAACACCGUCAACUGGACCCGGCUGUUCCGCGCCGCCAACCAAAAGGUUCUGGUCCGCAACAACCGAAGCCCGCAGGACUGCUCAGCCAAGGAGCGCAUGGUGUGCGACCCCCUGUGCUCAGACGCUGGCUGUUGGGGUCCCGGCCCGGACCAGUGCCUGUCGUGCCGAUUCUUCAGUCGCGGUCGGACCUGUGUGGAUACCUGCAACCUUUACGAAGGGGAGAUUCGAGAGUACGCCAACGGGUCGGUGUGCGUGGAGUGCGACGCCCAGUGUGAACGCGCCGACGACGACUCUUUGACCUGCCACGGCCCGGGCCCGGAGCAUUGUGUGAAAUGCCUUCAUUUCAAGGAUGGUCCGAACUGCGUGGAAAAGUGUCCCGAUGGCCUGCAAGGUGCCAAUAGCUUCAUCUUCAAGUACGCCGAAGUCAACAAUGAAUGCCAUCCCUGCCACACCAACUGCACCCAGGGGUGCGUUUCUCCCGCUCUCCGCUUUCUUGUCUUCAGAACCCCUCUGAUUGCGGCGGGGGUGAUCGGCGGCCUUUUCAUGGUGGUGAUCAUGGUGCUGAGCGUCGCCGUGUCCCUGCGCCGAAAGAACAUUAAAAAGAAGAGGGCGCUCCGUCGCUUCCUGGAAACAGAGCUGGUGGAGCCUCUAACACCCAGUGGAACGGCACCCAAUCAAGCCCAGCUCCGCAUCCUGAAAGAAACAGAACUCAAAAGAGUCAAGAUCCUCGGCUCCGGGGCCUUCGGGACUGUUUACAAGGGUAUUUGGGUCCCAGAGGGUGAAACAGUGAAAAUUCCUGUAGCCAUUAAAAUCUUAAAUGAGGCCACGGGACCCAAGGCCAAUGUGGAGUUCAUGGACGAGGCUCUGAUCAUGGCUAGCAUGGAGCAUCCCCACCUGGUCCGUCUGCUGGGCGUCUGCCUGAGUCCCACCAUCCAGCUGGUCACACAACUGAUGCCUCACGGUUGCCUGCUAGACUAUGUCCACGAGCACAAGGACAACAUAGGAUCACAGCUGUUGCUCAACUGGUGUGUCCAGAUUGCCAAGGGGAUGAUGUAUCUGGAGGAGCGCAGGCUGGUCCACAGGGAUUUGGCGGCCCGAAACGUUCUGGUCAAAUCUCCCAACCACAUCAAGAUCACUGACUUUGGCCUGGCUCGCCUGCUGGAUGUCAACGAGAAAGAAUACAACGCCGACGGAGGAAAGAUGCCCAUCAAGUGGAUGGCUCUGGAGUGCAUCCAUUACAGGAAGUUUACUCAUCAGAGCGACGUCUGGAGUUACGGCGUAACCAUUUGGGAGCUGAUGACCUUUGGAGGGAAACCGUACGAUGGAAUUUCCACCAGAGACAUUCCAGACUUGCUGGAGAAAGGAGAGCGUCUUCCUCAGCCGCCCAUCUGCACCAUCGACGUCUACAUGGUCAUGGUCAAAUGCUGGAUGAUUGAUGCGGACAGUCGACCCAAGUUCAAGGAGCUGGCUGCAGAGUUCACCAGGAUGGCUCGCGAUCCCCAAAGAUACCUGGUCAUCCAGGGCGAUGACCGCAUGAAGCUGCCCAGCCCCAAUGACAGCAAGUUCUUCCAGAGUCUCCUGGAUGAGGAGGAACUGGAGGACCUGAUGGACGCCGAGGAGUACCUGGUACCCCACUCCUUCAACAUCCCCCCGCUGGCGUACACCCCCCGUGCUCGCAUGGACUCCAACAAGAACCAGUUUAGCUGCCAGGAUCCCAGUUUCAGCAUGGAGGACAUGCUGGCCACCCUCCCCAGAGUGGUCUCUGUCCCGCCAGUGUCUGUCGGCUGCCUCCCUCCACAGGACCUCGCCUCAGGAGGGCAGAUGGGUGGCGGGUUUAGUCGCGGCAGCCAGGACGACCCUCGCUGCAACGGCACCCUGAGGAAGCAGGCCUCUCCCAGGUCGAGCACCCUUGGAGCUGGCUCAGCUCUCACGGCGGGACAAGGUGGAGGGGAGGACAGCAGUGGACAGCGCUACAGUGCCGAUCCAACGGGUCUUCUAUCAGAGCGAGGAGCAAAAGCAGACAAGGACCAGGACGGCUACAUGACUGCCAUGAGAGACAAGAGCUCAGAUUAUCUCAACCCCGUGGAGGAAAACCCCUUCGUCACACGUCGUAGGAACGGCGACGCCCACACAGUGAUUGAUGGAGCGAGUUGCCACACCUUGCAUGUGGCCGGAGCUGCCGCCGCCCCUAAAGGCCAGUCGACUCACGGUGAUGAUGAGUACAUCAACGAGCCGCUGUACCUGAAUACCUUCCUUAACCCCGGGGACAAGAACGGAUUGGCUGGCGCAGUCUCCAUCUCUGGCCCUGGGUCCUCUGCCGCACAAUCAGUACUGCAGACAGUGAACCCGUCAACAUCAAGCCACACUGUUUCCUCCACUGGAUAUGUGGUACCCCCUGGUCACCUCCCCCACCCGUCGUAUCCAUCGCACACCCUGCAUCCAGGGCAUUCAGGACACGCUCUGCACUCAGGCAUCACCAGCAACACCAUCAUGUUUGAUAAGAAAGGCAAGAAAGCCACUUUUGACAAUCCUGAAUACUGGCAGCACAGUCUCCCUCCGAAGUCCUCACUGCACAACCCUGAGUACCUGCAGGACUGCAGCACACGCUUUUUCUACCGGCAGAACGGACGCAUUCGCCCUGCUGUGGCCGAAAACCAGGAAUACUUGUCUGAGGCUGCUAUGAAAGCGGGCAAUGUAUUGCCACCCCCUCCAUACAGACAGAGGAACACUGUGGUGUAGUGACCCACCUGUAGCACAUUGGAGGGAUGAAUGGAGGGAUAUGGGUGGAGGUGAAUGGACGCAAACAGUCCUCUCUUUUCCCUGCAGUACUUCUCAACGUGGGUUCUCCUUGCACCUUCCCUGAACAGUUCUCUUUGUCAUGUCUGAUUGCAAACCUUGUAUUCCCACUCUAAGGUUCUGUCUUUUCAUGGCAGACCUACAAUAAGAGUCACUGACAGCAGCCUCGUGUGACAUUCAAACCAUCUUGAUUAACUCCAUCCUCGGUCAUGACCCUUAAAGCAAGUAGAGAUGUCUCUUUGAGGUUGGUUUUGUCCCGGAGAAAACUGUCCUGCCAUCUUUAGCACCAGUAAGGCAAAUAAAGAACACAAUCAAAGAUCGAAAGGAGACGUUUAAUAAGAGAAGCAGGAGAAAUAAACUGAGGUUAUCCCAAAGAGGAUUAUUUUCAUGACCUUACAUGCUUUGCUUUACACGCCCAUGAAUCACCUUUUCCUUUUAGAACAUUCUCCACUCAGCUAGAUGUGCACGUCGCGGUGUUCACAAAUCGCUGUUGCUCGGGUGCAGUCUAACAAGUGACACAUGCACACGGAGUCGCGUCGCGUCUUACCAGCAAACCUGCAGUCGUGCUGAACGGCCCAGAUGUGGCUCGCAUGU